CAGUAGCUUGCAAGCGUGUGUACUUUCUCCGUUUCAUUUGGAAUGGAUUACUACUGUAACUUCGUUUCACCGCCCAGUCAGAGCGUCAUACUGGUUGCCAAGAAGCUAGGCAUAAAGCUAAACCUCAGGAAAAUGAACAUAUACAAUCCCGUCGAAAUGGAUACCCUGUCCAAGCUCAAUCCUCAUCACAUCCUGCCGAUGCUGGUAGACAACGGCACUGUUGUAUUCGAACCGUGCGCGAUCGUCCUGUAUCUGGUGGAAAUGUACGCCAAGAACGAUGCGCUCUAUCCGAAGGAUGCACUAGUGCGGUGCGUAGUGAAUCAGCGGCUCUUCUUCGACGUUGGCACACUGUACAAACAGAUCUACGAAAACGUGCACGUUCAAAUGCGGAACAGUCAGCCCAGCGAGAAGCAGGUGCAAAGGUUGCAGAAGGCAGCCGACGUGCUGGAACGCUUCCUUACCGAACGAUCGUACGCGGCCGCAGAUCAGCUGACGGUGGCGGACAUUUGUUUGCUAGUUACGGUCAAUGCGCUCACGCUUUGGUUGGGCUACGAGCUUGCACCUUAUCCACGGAUCAGAGAUUGGCUCGGGAGAGUGGUGGCAGAGCUUCCGGGUUGUGUUGAGUUUCAAAGGGAGGUAGAGGACGCCACCAGGGCGUACGUAGUCAAUCGAAAGAUUCCACAUUGGCCAGUACCGUUCGCUGCCAGGAAUCGAAUACACACGAUGGAUCUGUAUUACCACAUUCGCUCACCACCAUGUCAGCCGGUUGUAUUUCUGGCCCGCCAUUUGGGUCUGGAGUUUAACCACAUAGUGACGAGCAUCUAUGAUCCGGCGGACUUUGAAGUGCUCAAGAAAGUGAAUCCACAACACACCAUCCCCACGCUGGUGGACAAUGGCCAUAUUCUGUGGGAGUCGUACGCCAUCCUGAUCUAUCUGGCGGAGAAGUACGCACUGGACGAUAGUCUCUACCCAAAGGAUGCUUGCGAACGAUCGAUCGUACAUCAGCGGCUCUUCUUCGAUAGUGGAAUGUUCCAGAACACCACACUGCAGGCGGUAUUGUCGCACUUGCGCAACAACCCAAUCACGGACGAGCAUCUGGCUAAGGUGAAGCGCGGCGUGGAGAUAGUGGAGAUGUAUCUCACGGACAGCCCGUACGUUGCUGGCCAGAAGCUGACGAUUGCCGAUUUUUCGAUCUUUGUAAGCUUCUGCUCGCUCGACAUGAUGAAGUACGAUCUGACGGCGUACCCGAACGUGCAGCGAUGGUUCGCAAAGAUGGGCACGCACAUUCCCGACCUGGAGCCAACGCGCAAAACGAUCGAGGAGGAGCUCCGGGCUCUGCUGCAAUCGAUGAACAAGUAAGGUACGGAGAAGAGACACGGUACGGUCGGAUCACGUCAGUGCUUUAUGAAGUGUGCUUUUACAAUAAAGUGCUAGGCGAGGACUCGGCCAAAUGACUGCGGGUCAUUAGAAACCAGA